UUACUUAUCAGACAUACUCGAUACACAUCAAUAAAUGUCUCAAUUUAAAAAAUGUCAGCAGUCAGAUCUGCCCUACAAAGCCAGAAUACAGUAACUACAUAUUCAACGGUUGAUCAGAAUUUAGUUAACACCAAAAUUAAACUUGUUGACAUUUAUUUUUCCAUAUAAUAUACAACAUAUAUACAUUAUUUAAGCCAUAGAAAUAAAGAAAACAGCAUGUUACAGGUGCAGUGACAAAAAAAUACAACUAAAAAACAAACCAAACUAGAGAUUCUAUUCUAUUCUAAUCUAUUCUAUUCUAUUAUUUUUUCAUUUAACAUACACCACCAAAACAAGGCAAUCACUUUAAAUUAACCAAAUAAAGCAGUGCAAGAUUUACAGUGAUCAAACCGUUAAAAUAAUUCAAUUAAAAGAAAUCUAAUUUUAGAUGAGCCUUUUUUAAAUUUUUAUCUUUUAUAUUUUUUAUUUUAUGACAAACCAUCUCUUAUUUAGAAAACAACUACACUAACAUCAGUUUUUAUCAAGAAUGAAUUCUUUACAGUUUUUUUACAGUGCUACAUUCUGUACAUUCUGUUUCUCACUCAAAAUAACACACAUCAGACAUACCUAACUAUCAGAGGGGGCGGGGUCAUUGCUUUCAUAGCCCCGCCCCUCCUUGACAACCAGCACGCCUCGUUCGCCUCAUAGCAACCAGCCUGUCAGCCCGCUCCGUACCGCUCCACAGGCCGUCCGUCCGCCCGCCGAGUCCCGGACUAAAAGUUGGGGCAAACAUCUAGAUCCUCCAUGGAACCGAGCUCAGAGUGAGCCGGGCCGCCGAAGCCGAGGGCGCCGCCAUGAACGACAGGUACCACCGGGCGGCCAGUGACGGCUACCUGGACGUGCUGAAGGAGGCCACACGGAAGGAGCUGAACGCACCGGAUGAGGAUGGGAUGACACCGACCUUAUGGGCCGCUUACCACGGCAACCUGGAGGCGCUCCGGCUCAUCGUGGGGAGAGGAGGUGACCCGGACAAGUGUGACAUCUGGGGGAACACACCGCUUCACCUGGCAGCUGCCAACGGCCACCACAACUGCCUGUCCUUCCUGGUGGCUUUCGGUGCCAACGUGUGGUGUCUGGACAAUGACUACCACACACCGCUGGACAUGGCUGCCACCAAGGGCCACAUGGACUGCGUUCGCUACUUGGACUCGAUCGCUGCCAAGCAGAUCACCCUCAACCCAAAACUGGUCAGCAAACUCAAGGACCGGGCUUUCCGUGCCGCAGAGCGCCGGAUCAAAGAGUGUGCGAAGCUCCAGAGGAAGCACCGAGAACGUAUGGAGAGGAAGUUUAUGAAGGAGUCGGCGGCUUUGGACAACCUGGAUGCUAUUAGCUUUUCUAGCUACACCAGCAGCAGCACGCUGAGUCGCAAGUUCAACACAGUCACCUCCAACAUGCCAUACUCGCAGGCCACUCUGCACUCCACAGCCAAGGGCAAGGCCAAGAUACAGAAGAAGCUUGAGAAGAAGAAGCAGGUUGACGGAACGUUCAAGAUCUACGAGGAUGGGAGGAAAAGUGUGCGCUCGCUGUCCGGCCUGCAGCUCAGCAACGAUGUCAUGUUCCUUAAACAGGGCACCUAUGCCAACCCCAAAGAGAGGUCACGCCUCAACAUACGUGACAUGUUCCCCCGCGACAAUGAUGACGACGCCGACACCAUCUCCCGUGCCAUGAGUGACCCGGGCCUCCAUGAGGCUGCAUAUUCGGAGAUCAGUGCCGACUCUGGUCGGGAUUCCCUGUUCACCCGACCUGGGCUUGGCACCAUGGUGUUCAGGAGGAACUAUAUGACUGGGGGCAUGUUUGGCAUUGGGGCACGGGAUGAGGGGAGUGUUGCAGGGAGUGAACCUGUGGGCCGGGCGCCUAAUGUUCGUCUACGUGGACAUCCGCCUCGACGCUCACCAAGUUUUGAUGAGGACAGUAUUGGUAGCGCCUUGAGCCUGCAAGAAAGAAAUCUGCAGGAGUUGCCUUGGGAGGAGGCAGAUGUCGAGCUGGACAAGGACAUGGAUCCAGAGAACAGUCCUCUCGAGACUUUCCUGGCCUCACAGAGCCUCAGCGAGUUCAUAGCAAUUUUCAGGAGGGAGAAGAUCGACCUGGCGGCUCUGCUGCUUUGUUCAGAUCAGGACCUCUCCAGCAUUCACAUCCCUCUGGGCCCCAGGAAAAAACUGCUGGAUGCCUGCAAGAGACGUCUGGACACCAUAGAUGAACCAGAGGCCAUUGAAGACACUGAACUUUGAAGGUCAGUGUGUAGAAAUCCAUGUUUUAUUUUAAAAGAAAAGCACCAUUCUUCACUCUUCAUCACUCAUUCCAUUCCAGAUAAACCUGACAUAAGGUACUGUGUUUGUAUGCAUCAGCAUAGCCUUUGGAUGACAUUUAUUGGGGGAUGUCAGAGGACAUGAAUCAGACUGUGGGUGGCCAUUGUUAAUGUUAAACUUAAAAUCACACAGUGGUAAUAAAAAGGUAUUCAGAAACCUUUCAACGAUACAUUCAAUUCAUAACACAUUAAAGUAUUAGUAUUGCGGCCCAACUGUCUACUACGGGAGAAAGACUACUGACGUUACCCUGUGAUAUGUUAAAAAGUAAGUACGUUUUUGUCAUAUUUGACACUGUCAUUUCAUUUAUACUCAGUUAUACUGUUAGUAGUUUUAUGGAUUAUGAGUUUAUUUGUUAAAGAUACCUGCUAAUUUUUACAGAUUUUCCCAGUUUAUUCACAGACAUGUUAAAUUAGAUUGUCUCUAAAGUAAAUAUCAUGAGCUCUCAGGCCAUUUUAAGAGACAUAUUGUAGCAAUGUUCAGAGCGACCUCAGAUUCUUAAGGAGGGAAGUAUCCUUUGUUGGAGUUAAAUGUUGCUUAGUGAUCUUUGAUUUCCACUACUACACCAAUGCAUUGGAAUGUUAGUGGGCACUGUAGCCGUCACUUCAACUGUUGUUGCUUAAAGUCAUUAACUAUCAAUUGGUAUCAUAAGAAUAGGAAUCAUAUUUUGUGGAAUUGGCCACUCCUACUUUUGAAUACAUGAUAUUUAGAGCAAACUCCCAGCGUUGCUCCACCCAACUCUAACCUGAGCUGAGAUCUAAUCAGCCAGAAUACCUGAGAACACCUGUGAGGGAGUGCAGGGGGAGCCUUUUCCAUAUGAGACACUACAAAACCAGAUACCUGUUUACUGGCUAAAUAGCACCAUCUUGUGGCGUAUUUGUGCUAUAACAAACCAAGGUUUUAGAGCUAGAGGCUUAAAAGCCAUUUUAGUUGCAUGAGACCUGUUUUAAUAUUUCAUGACAUUUUUUAUCGGAGUACAGUCAUACGUAAUGUUAGUUUGACUCUUUAUUCACAGGAUGAGGUCACUGUGAAGUUGUUAUGCAUAUUUAAUGCUGGUUCCAUGUGAUGUUAUUAUUCCCUGGUACAGUCAGUGGAGACAACAUGGACUCUUGGCAACUGAUAUAAACUUAGAAAGGAGGUAAUAAACAUUUUAUGGUUAAACUUUGCCACAUAUACAGACAGAUGGAGACACAUUGCAUUGGUAUUCAUUCUCAUCCAGUGAAAUUUAUCCCGACUGUUACUGUAACACUUGGUCGUAUUAAUUAACAUAUUAGUGAAUGUACCUAAACCUCUUAACAUGUUAUUUAUUGUGUCUUUGUUGUACAGUUUUCUUACUUUGAAUAUGUUAUUUUACUCCAUGGCACAUACACAAAGGUGACUAUACAUUCAUGUGUGAAAAUAGCCCCUGACCCACUGUCGCUCUGCAAACUCUGUUGCAAUAGUAAAAACAAAGGGUUGUUACUGUGAGAUUAUGUCAGCUUGUGCUAGAUAACAUUCUUAUCUUGGAUUGCUAUUCCGUCUCACUGAAGGUCUGCCUGCCUGUGCUCUGGAGAGUAUGGCUGUGCAUGAAUGUACAUUUUUAUGUUAUGUUUUUGUAAUAAUCAUCUGAAGAUGUACCCACAAACAUCAGUAUCUUUUAUUAAAAUAAAGUGAAAAUUAUUAUA